AUGGAUGGCCAGUUUGAACGGGUGAUUCAGAUUUUAGAGGACCUACUACGAGCAUGUAUGAUGGACUUCAAGGGAAAUUGGGAGUCAAAGCUGCCCCUGAUAGAGUUCACUUAUAAUAACAUUUAUCAGGCCACAAUAGGUAUGACUCCAUAUGAAGCGUUGUAUGGAAGGAAGUGCAGAACACCGCUACAUUGGGAAGAGGUCACAGAGAGAGCAAUUCUGGGCCUAGACAUAGUGACCCAAACAGUGGAAUUGGUGGAGAAAAUUCGGAACAGAAUGCAGGCAGUGCAAAGCCGUCAAAAGAGUUAUGCUGAUCAGCGACGAAGAGAUUUGGAAGUUGCAAUAGGAGAUCACGGUUGGAACUCGAGCUUACUGGGUUGCCCUACCCCCAAAUUUGUCCAGGGUACACAAUGUGUUCCAGUAUCUAUGCUUAGGCGAUACAUUUCUAACCCUUCUCAUGUGAUCAGUCAUGAGUCCAUGCAGUGGACGCCAGAUCUGACCUACGAGGAACGGCCGAAACAGAUCCGUGAUCGUCAGGUUCAAAAACUAAGGAACAAGGAGAUCAAGAUGGUAAAGAUCUUAUGGGGAAAUCAUCAGAUGGAGGAGGCCACCUGGGAAACUGAACAAGAUAUGCACAAUCGCUACCCGGAGUUAUUUGGUAAUUCAAAUUUCGAGGAUGAAAUUUUUUUAAGGGUGGGAGAAUUGUAA